CCCUUGCGAUCUGAGCCGGCAACUAGCUGAAUAUGAUGUGAAUGUAAUUCACAUUUGUUUUAGUUACAGGCUGGCACAGAACAGAGAUAGUAUUUUCAUAAAAAUAUUUAAAAGCUGCAAAAAAAAAACUACAAAAUUUCUCGUCUGAUAUAAAAAUUUUUGUUAGCUUGCCGGACAUUUGAUACUUUUUAAAAUUUUCUACGAAAAAUUCGAAAUUGUUCGUGAAAGAGGAACUUUAAAAUAUAAACUUUAAGAUGAAGCACAUGCGCCGUCAAGUCUUUCGCAGCGUUAUGGGACUCCAGAGGCAGCAGCAGCAGAAGCAGCAAUCGUUGCAGCAUUUGACCGUGAGAUUCACUUGCGACGAGUCGAAAGGCAAGGGUGGCGGCAAGGGCCUCGUUGUCGGAAUCUAUAGGAAGGAGGGCAACAAGGAUCCAAAGUUCACGCCAUCGGGUGAGAAGCUCAACGAUCGCACUGGGGGCAAGCUGCGGCAACUUGUCUGCGAGACGGGGGUGAAUGGUUCACUGGGUCGUGGACGUGUCUUCAACAAUAUCGAUCCUGAUUUUAAUGCGGUGGCUGUCGUUGGAGUGGGCAUCGAGGGCAUCGGUUUCAAUGAGCUGGAAAUGCUGGACGAGGGCAUGGAAAAUGUGCGCGUCGCUGCCGGAAUUGGUGCGAGAUCAUUGCAGAAGCAGGGUGUACGAUCUAUUUCUGUCGAUGGCAUGGAUUAUGCGGAACAGGCAGCCGAGGGAGCCGCAUUGGCCGUUUGGAGAUUCAAUGAAAACUUGGCCAAGAAAAAACGUUUGCCUGUGCCACAUUUGGAAUUGUACGACUCGCACGAUUUGGAUGGAUGGACGCGUGGUAUGUUCAAGGCGGAGUCACAGAAUCUGGCCAGGCGACUCUCGGAUGCACCAGCGAAUUGCAUGACACCAACGAUGUUUGCUCAGGCCACCGUGGAUGCAUUGUGUCCGUGCGGCAUCACUGUCGAGGUGCGCACCAUGGACUGGAUUGAAAUACAGCGGAUGCAUGCAUUCCUCAUGAUUGCCAAGGGCAGCUGUGAGCCGCCAGUGCUGCUGGAGAUUAGCUAUUGCGGCACUGCGCCCGAAGACAAGCCCAUUCUAUUUGUCGGCAAGGGCAUUACCUUCAAUUCGGGCGGCAUCAAUCUGAGACGAUGCAAGGGCAUGGAUGAGUAUCGUGGCAGCAUGUCGGCUGCCGCUGCCAUUAUUGGAAUGAUGCGCUGCAUCGCAGCUCUAUCGCUGCCAAUAAAUGUGACCUGUGUGAUCCCGCUGUGCGAGAAUAUGCCAUCGGGAAUGUCAGUCAAGCCGGGUGAUGUUGUCACCAUGCUAAAUGCCCGCUCCAUGGCCGUUCGGGAUGUGGACAAGGCUGGCGUUGUCGUUUUAGCCGAUCCUCUAAUCUAUGGCCAGACGACAUAUAAGCCGAGACUGGUCGUCGAUGUGGCUACCCUUGGCAGGGGUGUACAGAAAGCCUAUGGCGGCGGUGCCUCCGGCAUCUUCUCCAAUUCGCACUAUGUGUGGAAACAAUUCCAGAAGGCUGGUUCCUUGACCGGUGAUCGCAUGUGGCGCAUGCCCCUGUGGAAGUACUAUAGGAAUCAAGUCACCGAUGAGACCGGCUACGAUCUGAGCAAUGAUGGCCGUGGUCUGGCCAGCUCUUGCCUGGCUGCAGCCAUCCUACAUGAGUUGGUGCCCUGCGCCGAUUGGGCCCACAUCGACACCAGAGGCACAGGCAUGCUAACCACUUACGGCCUCAUUCCCUAUUUGACUGCUGGAUAUAUGACGGGGCGACCGACCCGCACCUUGACGCAAUUCGUUUACCAGAUGGCAUGUCCCGAAAUCAAGUAAGAUGAAGAGCAAGACGGUGUAGUGUAAAGUAUGUAAAAAGUAAUUUCAUUGUUAGCUAAAAGACGUUCAUAAAGACUGGUCGAACAUGUAUCACUGUA